AUGUUCCAACAUGCUGAAACAUCCCAAACUGCCACUGCUGCUCCCUCUGUCACUCUCCCACAUGAAAUAGUCACUAAUGCUGCUGACAUAGUCAUGGCAGAGCUUUUGAUGCUCCAUGACCACAGGAACAAGCAAUACUGGAAAAAAGCUAUGCAUGUCAUUUGGGAACAGUUGACCCAUGUGCACCCUUUGGUUGAGGAACUGCCCUCAAAAUUCACCAUCCCCACCCACAUCAUUGCUGCUGAAAUGAUUAUGAGAGAUCUGGUGGUGCUUACAGCAUUGAAAGAGUGGCCAAAAUUUGACAGGAUCAGAGACACAAUGGAUGCCAAUGUUGCAGACCAUCUGUGGUACCAGAUUGGAAGGCCUGUCAAUAAGGGUAAAGGGCACACAGUUCCAUUUAGAAGCACUUCAGAUAAAACCCUGCAGCUGAUCAACCAGUCAUGCUGCUCCUACUGGCACUUGUCCCAGAAGUCAGAGGCCACAGAAGCAUACAAGGAGCAUCCACCAGUUGUGGCCACUCAAUUGCAGCUCUUGCAACCCCUGCUGCCAGCUAUAUGCCUGUUGCUGAAGAAGACUGAUGCAAUAGGGCCAUCAGCCACAAUAUCCUUGGAACCCACCACUCCUGUGCAGCAGUCCUGGAAGCAGCAGGCAGCCACUAGAAGUAUGACACCCACUGCUGGCAAGACAACCACCUUGACUGCUCCAAGCUCCUGCAGGCAAAUUUUCAAUGGAGUGGUCAUUGUCACUCCAUCCUGGUGGCAGUCAGGUUGGCAGACAUCAAGCCCAGCAUCCCAGAGGGCAGCAACAUCCCAAAGCCAUCUCACUACCCCAUCCCACCCUGUGACCCCCAAUGCCAUCCCCAUGGAGUGUAUGGAAGAGGAGAUUGUGGCAUUGUGGCAGCAGCAUAUGGAGACAGUACAAGAUCUCCUGGAUACCUGCCACAAGCUUGCUGAUACCCAGCAGGCCCUUGCAGAUACCCAGACCAAGUUGCAGAUGCUUUGUGAUCUUGUUGAGGCCUUAUGCCAGCACCUGUCCCCAUUGUCACACUCCUCACCCAAUGCACCUGGGCCCUCCUGCCCCUCCCCCAUCAGCUUUGCAAUUAUGAGUCAUCAAGCAGUCCUUCCCACUGAUGGUGCAAGGAUACUUGACCUUGCACCCACUACGAUGGUCCAGGAGGUUCCAAUUGAUACCAGCAUCCUCCAGAACCUCCCAGAUGAUAUGCUUUUAGUCCCUUCUACUUUCCUGCCACCCACCCACCAUUUUGCAUACUCAUCCACCCCUGGAAUUGGAGAAGCCCAGGCCCCUAUCUAUGUCUCUUUGGGGGCAGCUGCCAACCAUGCCAGUGGGGAUGAUGCCAAUGAUGAGGAUGCCACUAAUUGGAUGGAUGUAGAUUAA